AAUGACCAACGCAUUAUUAAAUAAAUAUAGACGAGAGUUAGAUAGUUCAAUUCCAAUUUCAAUUAAUAAUUCAAAUCAAUCAUUUAUUAAUUGUUGAAACGUGAACAUAUAUGUUGUGCUGUACUAUUUUUCAAAAAAAGAAUUCAACUUUAUCAUUUUAAUAUUUUUAAUGCAAUUUACAAAUAAUUUUGAAAAAAACAAAAAUACAAAAAUAUUGUACAAAUUAUUGUUAAUUAAAAGCAAGUAAAAAUAAUUAAAACAAUUCUUUAAAGUGUUUUUUAUUGUUAUAAGAUAAAAAGUUAAAAAGUGCAACUAAAGUUGUGCAAAAAAAAAAAAAAAAAAAAUUAUAGAAAAGUGUUUAAAUGUUCUAAAAUAUUUUAAAUUUAUUAUAGUUUGUGUACAACACUUUAUCUUAAAGGAAAUAUUUACCAACUUGGAUCUUUGCAAAAUUAAAUAAAAAUGAGCCGUCCCAUUGAUAUAUUAUUAGGUCGUGUACGUGGCCACCAAAGAGCACCAUCGGAUUCCAAAGAAUUUCAUGAAGUAACUAAACGUGAUGCCUUGCGUUUGCUGGAAAAUGAUUUGGAUAGAUUAUUGCAAACGGCUGAGCCUGAUGAUCGUCCAGCAUUGCAACAGGAAAUGUCUCGGUUUUCCGAUUUGUUUGGACGUUUCUUGCAAGAAGAGGGUCCUUCCAUUGAUUGGAAUAAAAUUCAAAAACUGCCUGCCAAUGCUGUAAUGGAUUAUGGUUCUUUGAAAGCUCCCAAAAAUGAACAGAUACGUGCUAUGUUGGAUAAAUUGGUGGUUAUUAAACUUAAUGGUGGUCUGGGUACUUCCAUGGGUUGUCAUGGACCUAAAAGUGUUAUACCUGUGCGUUCGGAUUUAACCUUUUUGGAUUUGACUGUACAACAAAUUGAGCACUUGAAUAAAACCUAUGAUGCCAAUGUGCCAUUAGUUCUUAUGAAUUCCUUUAAUACCGAUGAGGAUACCGAAAAGAUUGUACGCAAAUACAAGGGUUUCCGUGUACAAAUCUAUACUUUUAAUCAAAGUUGUUUCCCACGCAUUAGUCGCGAAUCAUUCUUGCCCAUUGCCAAAGAUUUUAAUGUUGAAAAUGAUAUUGAGGCCUGGUAUCCCCCUGGUCACGGUGAUUUCUAUGAUACCUUCCGUUCUUCUGGUUUGUUGAAACAAUUCAUUGCUGAGGGUCGUGAAUAUUGUUUCUUGUCCAAUAUUGAUAACCUUGGCGCCACUGUUGAUUUGAAUAUUUUGAAUAAGUUAUGUGGUGAAGACCGUCCCGAUAAGCCUGUUGAAUUUGUUAUGGAGGUUACCGAUAAGACAAGAGCUGAUGUUAAGGGUGGUACCUUAAUCCAAUUUGAGGAUAAAUUGAGACUUUUGGAAAUUGCUCAAGUUCCUAAAGAACACGUCGAUGACUUCAAGUCCGUUAAAACAUUCAAAUUUUUCAAUACCAACAACAUUUGGGCGAAAUUGAGUGCCAUUGAUCGUGUUCUCAACGAACGUACACUCAAUUUGGAAAUUAUUAUCAAUAACAAAACCUUGGAAAAUGGUUUGCGUGUUAUACAAUUGGAGACGGCUGUAGGUGCUGCUAUGAAAUGUUUCGAAGGUUCCAUUGGUAUCAAUGUUCCACGUUCUCGUUUCUUGCCUGUGAAAAAGACAUCUGAUUUACUAUUGGUCAUGUCCAAUUUAUACAAUUUGAAAAAUGGCAGUUUGGUUAUGUCACCACAACGUAUGUUCCCCACUACUCCUCUAGUGAAGUUGGGCGAAAAUCAUUUUGCCAAAGUCAAAGAGUUCCUAGGACGUUUUGCCAAUAUACCCGAUAUUAUAGAAUUGGAUCAUUUGACUGUGUCGGGUGAUGUGACUUUUGGUCGUGGUGUGUCUUUAAGAGGCACUGUUAUUAUCAUUGCCAAUCAUGGUGAUCGUAUCGAUAUACCAGCUGGUGCCAUUUUAGAAAAUAAAAUCGUUUCCGGCAAUAUGCGUAUCUUGGAUCAUUAAACGCUUUAUACUUUUAAUACAAAAGGAAAAUGGGAAAAUAAAGCUUUUUUUAAGCUUUAUAAAAAAAGUUCUUAACUAACCGCCAACACCUCUUAAACUAAAACUUUAAAAAUUUACUAAAAAGCAAACACAUAUACAAACUCAAGUUUUCCAUUUUUUCCUUUUUAAUUUUAAAAUAUUUUAAGUAGAAAAUGUUGUCUCUAUUUUAUUUUGUAUUUUUUUUUUUUCUUUCUUUUAUUUCAAAAAAUCCUUUAUGCUAGUCCAUAAUUGAUUUAUUCUUGUUUAUAUAUUUAAUUACUUUUUUCGCUUCUUUACGAUUUUAGUAGUUUAUUUUAAGCUUUAUUUUUUAAAUUAUUAUUUUCUUAUGAAUUGCGCAAAUAUUAUUACAAAGUUGAAAGAUUUUUUUAAAAUUAGGAAAAAUAUAAUAAAUAUAACUUCUCACAAUUGUUAAUUAAGAAAAUCAUAUUACAAAUUUAUAAGUAGUUGUGUAUACAAAAACUAUUUUUUUUGUGUAAAAACAAAAUGGCAAUAAAAUAUAUAGUUGUUUUUAAAAUAGAA